UUGACUGAUACUGCAUUUUUUUAGUAUUAUUAUCUUUAAAUUUAAGGUAAUUUUGUGAUUUUUUUUUUCUCUGAACCCAAAGAGCGAAUACCAGGUGGAAACUCACGAUGCCGUUCCGCCGGCGACUGAAACUUCUCUGCUAUUUGGUAUGUAGUCAGAACUUCUAGGAAAUUAUCGUUUUCGUUCAACAGAGGUGUAAAAUUCUUCUUCAAUGGCUCAAAAUCUCUCUCUAUUUUUUGUAACUUGCAGAGAUAACUGGAGUACAUAACUGGGACAUGUUUUGUGAAAUUUGUGGGUUUUAUCAUGAUUAUUCUUUAAGAUAGUUAGAAAAAUUCUCCGUGGUUUCAUGUGCUCAGUUUAGUGAUUAUUGGUAUGUUUCCUUGGUUGCGGCUUAGAAUUGGGCUUUUAUGAAUGGAAUUUGGACGUUGUUAAGAUGGCUAAGCAAGUUAAUAGUGUUUUCCUUGAGGAUUGGCUAAAGGGUAUCAGUGGUUAUAGUAGUAGUACCGAAAAUUCUUAUGCUUCAUCAGCUAGAGCAAUAAUUCAGGCAUGGGCUGAGCUUAGAGAUUCCCUCCAACACCAGUCAUUUCAUUCCAAUCAUCUCCAAGCUUUGAAGACUCUUAUUAAUUCUCAAUCUUCUCUUCAUGUUGCAGAACCCCAAGCAAAGCUUGUCCUUUCCAUUCUUUCCUCGCCAAAACUUAAUCUCCCUCACGAAUCUUAUCCUCCUUUCCUUAGGCUUCUUUAUAUUUGGGCCAGGAAGUCCAACAGACCCACUUUAGCUCUUAUUGAUUCUGUUGUGGAGGUCAUUUCUCAGUAUUUCUCCUCUCAGUUUGAUCAUGUCCAAAACCCUCUCUUGUUUUCAGAAGGUGUUCUCCUUUUGGGUUCCCUUGCUUUCGUGCGGUUGGCAUCUGAAAGCUCCAAAAGAGUUUGUUUGGAGUUGAUUUGCAGGUUGUUGGAAGGAAAGCAUCAACUUAUGGGCUCAUUUGAAGCGAUUAUUCCAAAUGUGCUUGCAGGAAUUGGGUAUGCUCUAUGCUCUUCUGUGAGUGAUCAUUAUGUUAGGACUUUGGACUUUUUAUUGGGAAUUUGGGGCAAAGUAGGUUGUCCUCAAGGUAGCCUUACUCAGGGGCUCAUGAUUUUGCAUUUGAUUGAAUGGGUAACGUCUGGCUUAAUCAUUUCCCGGUCUCUGGAAAAUGUUAAUGUUUUUUCACACGAGGCUUUAGAAACCAUGAAGGAAAACUAUGCUCCAUUUGCUGUUGUCAUGGCUGCUGCAGGAGUAUUGAGGACAUUGAAUAAAUCUGCAGCCGGUGGCCUGCGGCUAGAUAUUAUUUCCAGGUUAAAAGUUUCUGCCGAGGAUAGAAUAGAAUCUGUAGCAAGAAAUUUGAUUUCCUGCACUAGAGAUCUUUAUAGUUCUCAAAACCACCUUAUGGUGAGCCUUUCCUUACAGUGUCUCUCUUUAGCAUUGGCACGAAGUGGACCAGUGUCUUCUCGUUCCCCUUUCUUUUUAUGCAUUGCUGCUGCAUUAUUGACAGAAAUAUUUCCCUUAAGACGAUUGUAUGCGAAAGUGCUUGAAUCCUCACAUGGAAAUCCAGCUGGAAUAUUGCAUAAUGUGGUCAAAGAACAUUUGGAAAGUGCCUCUUUCAAGGAAGCAGGGACCAUAACUAGAGUUCUUUGCAGUCAGUAUGUUUCAGUUACUGAAGAGAGCCAAAGUAUGGUGGAGAAUCUUAUAUGGGAUUACUGUCAUUUUAUCUACAUGGAGCAUCGGAAAGUGGCUUUGGCACUGCGAGGCAAAUCGAAUGAGUUACUUACUGAUAUAGAGAAAAUCACUGAAUCUGCUUUUCUUAUGGUUGUAGUUUUUUCAUUAACAGUCACCAAACAUAAGUUUAGCUCCAAAUUGAACCAGGCUAAAGUAGACAUAUCUGUACAAAUACUGGUUGCCUUUUCUUGUUUGGAGUACUUUCGUCGUAUUCGCUUGCCUGAGUAUAUGGAUACAAUUCGAGAGGUUGUGGUGACCAUUCAAGAGAAUGAUUCUGCUUGUGUCUCAUUUGUAGAAUCUAUGCCCGAUUAUGUUGAUUUGACUAAUGGACCUGAUCUCAAUUAUCAGCACAAAGCACAAUAUUUAUGGUGUAAAGAUGAGGUUCAAACAGCACGGGUUCUAUUUUACCUACGAGUAAUUGCAACUUGCAUUGAACGUUUGCCUAGCCCUGUAUUUGGGAAAGUGGUAGCUCCAACUAUGUUCUUAUAUUUGGGAGAUCCAAAUGGAAAAGUAGCUCGUGCUUCCCAUUCUACUUUUGUGGCAUUUUUAUCUUCGGGGAAGGAGUCUAAUGAAGAGGAAAGAGUGUCCUUAAAGGAGCAGCUUGGUUUCUACUACAUGCAAAGGUCACUCUUGGGAUAUCCAGGCAUUACCCCUUUCGAGGGUAUGGCUUCUGGAGUAGCUGCCUUGGUUCGCCAGCUUCCUGCUGGAAGUCCAGCCAUUUUUUACUGUAUCCAUUGUCUCGUUGAAAAAGCUGAUAGGCUAUGCAGAGAAGACUUCUCCCAGCAGGCUGAUAUAUGGAAGAACUGGCAAGGGGAGUCAGAACCUUGUAAAAAAAUUCUAGAUUUACUCCUACGGCUUUUUUCCAUGGUUGAUAUACAGGUGCUACCAGAGUUGAUGAAGUUGUUGGCACAGCUGAUUGUCCAGCUACCAGAAGAUGGCCAGGUGAUGGUUCUAAAUGAGUUAUAUUCACUAGUUGCAGAAUCCGAUGAUGUUACACGUAAGUCCACAUUGGUUUCAUGGCUACAGUCACUGUCUUUCCUUUGUUUUCAUGCUAAAAGUGAAAGCUCAACCUCUAAAGGGGAGGAAAGUAAAGAUCAACAGAGCCAUAAUAGCUUAAAUGCACGAUUAUAAUGAAGAAGGUGCAGUGUUAUCAAAUCACUUCAUAUAUUUUUGUACCUCAGUUAUAUUGGAGAUAUUCUUCUCUAGGUUUUGAGAGAGAAUACUUUAAAAUUCACUUGCUAUACUAGUUUUUAUUACUGCAUCAAUAAUGAAAACAGGUUGCUAAUCUUUUUGAAAGCACUUAAAGGAAAGUACUACUAAUCUUUGUCUAGAUACUUGAUUUGGAUUAGGCAGUCAUUACAAAGUACUGACUACAUGAAUUUUUCUCAUUUGUAUAUUUUUGAAUUCGAGCUUUAUAUGUUCAUUAUCGUCAAGGUUGAUACAACUUAAACCGACUUUAGUCAUUAUUA